CCCGUCUGCUCGCGGCGGCUACGGCGGCGGCCACCGCCAAACGGCCGUGAAACGAUGCCCGCCGCCGAGGGCUCUGAUUCCACACACUCCCAUCAGCCUCGUCGGCGCUGAUUGGAGACGGAGGCGCGAAGAACCUCGCCCGCACGAGGAAAGAGCGCUGCCUGGUCGUCGGCAAAUGCGGCUCUUCUCAUGCUAACGGCCACUUAGUGGACGGAAAGCGCCCUCCCAAGAAGCCUUAACGUGUCAUGUGACACUGUAUCACCGCACCAGAUCCUACGUGUGUUGCAUGAGGAGAGCUCAAGAUACAGUGA